AUGCUUAGAGCUGUGAUACUGAGAGCUGUGAUACUGAGAGCUGUGAUACUGAGAGCUGUGAUGCUGAGAGCUAUGAUACUGAAAGCCUGUUUGGUUGAUGAUUGGGAUGGUGGUGGUGUUGAUGAUGACGAUGAUGGUGAUGCUGAUGAUGAUGAUGAUGAUGAUGAAAAAUGUAAUUGCAAUAAAGAAAGAAGUGCAUACACCAUAAAGUAUAAUACCGAUGAACAAAUAUAA